UUAAUCCUCCUGCAUAAAAAUCCACUCGAAAACACCACUAAACCAUAAUUAAGUCAGCUCAUAGACUGGCAUUCGCAGUUAAAAAUGUACAGGCCACCAUAUUUUGAGCAAAAACUACAGCCUAACCCUCAAUGGCAACACUACUUAUAGCCAAUCAGCGACCAUUGUUUUCAGUGCUUAUAUUUAAGUAACUAAUUAAUUAUUUAAUCACAGAAACUAAUGCCACCCAUAACUGGCAUUACACCGUAAUCAAGUCAGCUCAUAAACUAAAAUAAUUAAAAAGCCUGCCUAGAGGCAGCAUAAAUGCAUUAACCACCGUACCUUCACAUUAGUCAAGCCACCAUGUGUAUCCAUGUGUCCAUCGUUGCAUGAAAAACUCCACUCUUACCUCACCCUUUAAAAUUCCUCCAAUCUCUCUGCCAUCUUGCACCCCUCAGAGAGAGAGAGAGAGAGAGCAACCCAUCUUCAGUUUUCUCUGGCUAAUCUCUCUUCUGGGUUUCUCUCUUCCUCGCUUGUCUUUCUUCUCCAAAAGGAAAGAGCUAGAGGGAGAGAAAAUUAAGCCCGCGUCAAUAAAAACACCAAAAAUGGAUGUCUAUGGAGGAUUGUCUACCACCACUGCACCUGAUUAUUUCCACAUUGAUGACCUUUUAGACUUCUCUAAUGACGACCUCCUCUCCUCACCCUCCUCCUCCAUCGACCACCACCACCACCUUCCUCCACCUGAAACCUCCUCCAUUCAUCACCACCACUUCCCCUCCUCCACCUAUAUUAAUAACCCUUCUUCUCUCUCCACUGACUUCACUGACCAUCUCUCAGUCCCAACCGAUGACGUGGCAGAGCUAGAGUGGCUAUCGCAAUUCGUGGAGGACUCGUUCUCCGACUUUCCGAGCAUCAUUAAUAUCCCAACCGACACGUCGUUUUGCAACAAAUCUCGCAGCAAACGCUCACGAGCCACCGCCACCACCGCGACGUCCUCCUCGCCGGAGCUCGAAACUGCGGUGACCGGAAAAUCGAGAUUGAAGAAGGAAAACAACGGAGCGCCGCAUUCUCCGGCGGAGGAGGGGACAGUGCGGAGGUGCACGCACUGCGCGUCUGAGAAGACUCCUCAGUGGAGGACGGGUCCGCUGGGUCCAAAAACGCUAUGCAAUGCCUGUGGAGUCAGGUAUAAGUCGGGUCGGCUUGUACCAGAAUAUCGACCCGCAGCGAGUCCGACUUUUGUGUUGACUCGGCAUUCGAACUCGCACCGUAAAGUUUUGGAGCUCCGAAGACAGAAAGAGAUGACGGUGGGGCGGCAGCAGCAGCAGCAGCAGCACGGUUACCAAGGCUAUGAAGUUUGCUAACGUGUCAUGAUCUCAGCGGCUUGAAAUCUGUAGGCUCUACUCGGACGGAAAUGGAUUUGCUCUGCAAGUGAUCGAUUCCAAUACAACAACCUUAACGGUCACAAUAAAGAAAGUUGGUAUAGAAAUUGAUGGCGUUGUUUAAAAACUCUUUUAUUUUUUUUUAAUUUUUUUUUAGGUUGCUAUGAGUUAGAAAGUGUAAAGAGCUGAACUUUAACAAUUGAAACAUCUACAGAGUAAUUAGUCUUUUAUUUUUCAAGAGAAUAAUAUCACUUUUACAUUGGGUUA